GGUCGCGGGGCCGCGCGAGCCCCGGGUCUGAGCGACGGGUGGCGGGGUGGCGCAGCCAUGACCUCGGUGUGGAAGCGCCUGCAGCGCGUGGGCAAGCGGGCCGCCAAGUUCCAGUUUGUGGCCUGUUACCACGAGCUGGUGGUGGAGUGCACCAAGAAAUGGCAGCCAGACAAGCUGGUGGUGGUGUGGACACGGCGGAACCGGCGCACCUGCUCCAAGGCCCACAGCUGGCAGCCGGGCAUCCAGAACCCAUACCGGGGCACCGUGGUGUGGAUGGUCCCCGAGAACGUGGACAUCUCCGUGACCCUCUACAGGGACCCCCACGUGGACCAGUACGAAGCCAAAGAGUGGACGUUCAUCGUUGAGAAUGAGUCCAAGGGGCAGCGGAAGGUGCUGGCCACGGCCGACGUGGACCUGGCCCGCCACGCAGGGCCCGUGCCUGCCCAAGUCCCGCUGCGGCUGCGGCUGAAACCCAAGUCGGUGAAGGUGGUGCACGCGGAGCUGAGCCUCACGCUCUCGGGGGUGCUGCUGCGGGAGGGCCGUGCCACGGACGACGACAUGCAGAGCCUGGCCAGCCUCAUGAGCGUGAAGCCCAGUGACGUGGGCAACCUGGACGACUUCGCCGAGAGCGACGAGGAGGAGGCUAACGGCCCCGGGGCCGAGUCCCGGGCACGGGUGCCGCAGCCAGAUCCCUCUCGGGAGCUGAAGACGCUCUGUGAGGAGGAGGAGGAGGGCCGAUCGAGGCCCCGGCAGGCAGCUGCCAGCCCUCCCAGUGCUGAGGAGACCAGCCCGGCCUCUGUGAGUGCCCCAGCACUGCCAGCCAGGUCCUCCCAGGGCCAGGGGUCAGAACCAGCCACUGUAGCGGGGGGCCAGGUGGGGCCUGAGGCCCCCAGGCCCCCAGGAACCCCAGCGGAGACAAGGUCUUCAGGACAGCUGGGUCAAGAUGUGGCCCCCACCCCAGCGCCCCGGCUCCGGAAAGGCUCUGAUGCCCCCUACCAUCCAGUCCCCCGAGGGGAAUAUGAGGCUCCCGUGGCCUCGGGGGCUCCUGCUGCAACAGCGGGGCCUGCUGGGGGGACCCAGGCCUGGGCCAACCCUCAACAAGGGGCAGAGGCCCGGGGAGCAGGGCUGAGCCCCAGCGCUGAGGACCGAGGCUCCAGAGACACUCAGGGAGAGCAGACGCCCGAGGCCGAGGAGGGGGGCCCGGGGGACAGGCCGGAGCGUAGAGGAGUAGACGCUGAGCAGGGGUCAGAGGUCAGGGAGGUGAGCGCCGAGGGGCUGGGGGGCAGAGCUGGGGGUGCUGAACAGAAUUCAGAAGUUGGCCCAAAGGCUGCUGAGCAGAGCUCGGACGUGAGACCUGUGGACACGAAGGGGCCAGCGGCCCCAGGGGUGACGUCUGAGGCAAGAGCCAAGGGGGCUCCGGAGGCCCCUCCAAGGGGCUCUCAGGGGAAGUUGGGGGUCAAGACCAGGGGCGGUGCCCCCAUGAUCCUGGGUCCACCCCCAGCAGAGCCUGCAGGACACUCUGGGCAUCUUGGUGACCUCAAGGGGGCCAGGGCUGCUGCCGGGCAGGAGGGUGAACGUGCAGAGGUGAGGGGCAGUGCCCCUGAUAUUGGGGGGACCAGCCUGGAGCAGGUCCCCUCUCUUGGAGAAGCAGAUGCCGGGCCCCAGGUGAGCAGGUCUCAGGGGCCCCUCUCAGCAGCUGGCCAGGGGGCAGUACCUAGGGGUCUGGGAGUUUGGGGGGCAGAAACUGGGGAUUUGAGGUUACCGGGAGCAGAGACCGUGGAGGCAGAGGUAUUGGUGACCCCAGAGACAGAGCCUAGGACAGCAGAGGAGGGGGUUCCGGGGGCCCCGCAGACAUGGGCAGGGAGCUCAAGGCUCCUGGGGCCAGAGGGCGCUGGGACAGCAGAGUCAGGGGGACCGAGAACCCAGAAAACAGAGGCCAGGGGCUCAGGAGUGCCGGGGACAGAGGUCGGGAUGGCAGCGGCUGAGAUGUCUGGGCCUGUGGUGGUAUUUGGGGACCCGGGGAUUCUUAAGGCGGCUGAGGUAGCAGACUCUGAAACACUGGGAGGCCAGGUGACAGAAGUAGGCAGUUCUGGGGUGCCGGCAACAGCGGCUGAGAUAGUAGGAACUCAGGAGACAGAGGUGCGGGCUUUGGGGCUUGCAGGGGUAGAAUCUGAGGUAGCGGGCAUCCAGGGAACAGCGGUAGAGGGCUUUAGGGCUCCAGAGUUUGAGACAACAGACAGUGAGCUAUCGGGGACCCGGAAGAUAGCAGCUGAGGGAUCAGUGGCCUUGGGGAUAGAAUCGGAGACAGCAGGAGCCCAGGAGGCAAAGGGGGGGUGUCUGGGAGUCCCCAAGACAGAGGCUGGGGUCACAGAGGCUGACAGGUUGGGGGCUCAGCAGACAGAAACUACACUUUUUAAGACUAUGACUUUGGGGGCCCAGAAGGCAGAGUCUGAACUCUGGGGGACCCUCAAAUAUGGGGCUUUCACCAAGCAUGGAGUUUUAGGGUCUCAGGGAACAGAGGCAGAGACUACAGUUUUGAAGGUGCAAGAGGCAGAGACUGGUAUUUUAGGGGGUUCAGAGGCCAAAUCUGGGAAUUGGGGGGCCCAACAAGCAGAGGCAAAGUUUUUGGGGCCUCCAGAGAACCAAGCUGAUAUUUCCGAGGCCCAGGAAGCAGAGGCCGAUGUCUCAGAAACCGAGAGGGAAAAAGCAGUGGAGGGAAACCUCCCCGAGCCCAGUCCAGCUGCAGAGCAGGCGGCCGGUGGGGCAGGGGCUGGGGUGCCCAGGCCCUCGGGGGCCCCUUCCCCAGAGGAGCCUGAAGAGGACAGAAGGCUGCCCGGCAGCCAGGCGCCAGCUGCCCUGGUCAGCUCCAGCCAGUCCCUGCUGGAGUGGUGCCAGGAAGUCACCGCUGGCUACCGUGGAGUUCGGGUCACCAACUUCACCACAUCCUGGCGAAACGGCUUGGCCUUUUGUGCCAUCCUGCACCGGUUCUACCCAGAGAAGAUUGACUUCGCCUCCCUGGACCCUCUCAACAUCAAGCAGAACAACAAGCAGGAAGGCCUGAGCCCUGACCCCAGCCCUGCCCCUGGCCCACCCACUGCCACAGCCCCACCGCCGCCCCCUGGUGGAAGUCCCCCCUUGGAGGAGCCACCCCCAAGCCCAGGGGAGGAGGCUGGGCUGCAACGCUUCCAGGACACCAGUCAGUACGUGUGUGCCGAGCUGCAGGCCCUGGAGCAGGAGCAGAGGCAGAUUGACGGGCGGGCAGCUGAGGUGGAGAAGCAGCUGAGGAGCCUCAUGGAGUCAGGUGCCAACAGACUGCAGGAGGAGGUGCUGAUCCAGGAGUGGUUCACACUGGUCAACAAGAAGAACGCGCUCAUCCGGAGGCAGGACCAGCUGCAGCUGCUGUGA